AAAAAAAAACGUAAAUAAACAACUCGUUCGGGUUUACAGUUUCGAUAGGAAAUUUCGAAAAUAUUCCAGUUUCGCAACUGUUCAAAUAGUUGUGUAGCUUUCGUGCUACACAGGGAACGAUUACCAUGUCACUAAAUCCGGAAUGGAACAUUACUUGCCGGAUUUGUCUGCAGGAGGGCGAAACCCGCUCUCUGUUCGAACUGUGUCCGGAAUCAAAUCUAAGUUACUGUGCCAAAGUGAUGCAGUGUACCAGCGUUGAAAUACGAUUGAAUGAUUCUCUGCCGGAGCAGAUCUGUGCCCCGUGUAUUCGGGAUCUGAAUGUGGCCUAUCGAUUCCGGGUCAAUUGCGAAAGUUCCGAUGCGAUACUGCAAUCGUACCGGGAAGCCAGUGGGACUAAGGGUGACGAGGUUGACGAUGGCGAUGAACAGGAUGUAGAUAUGGCCGAGGUGUCUAGUUAUACCUCGGAGAUACAGAUACCGAUUGGCUCGGAUGUUCUGUAUAGUUAUAAGCCGCCCUCUGGGCUCAAUGUGAAGCUUGUUUCGAGAGAGCAAACGUUGCUGCUUGAGAACAAUGGCGAAAUAAUCAUAUGUGGACGACCUCCGCCUGAGCUGAUGCCUGAGUUGGCGGUUGACGACCGGGAUGACAUUGCAUCUACGGGAGAAUCUCUAGAAGCACCAGAACCGCCUGAUGACGACGACGACGACGACGAUAGUGAUUCGUUGAUAACGUAUGACGAUGCUCUGCCGCUUUCAACGUCCCGGACGGGAAAUGUGGAGGAGGAACUUGAUGAAGGGACCGAAGCGCGGUCAGAGUUGAUCAACGGCGUUGUGGGAGAAGAGGAUAAUCGAACUGCCGACAGUGGUAAGCAACCGGACGACAGCAGUGUUGAUCUCUUCUUCGAUGCGGAGCUGGUGUAUGUGGACAAAGAGGAUGAUCUGCUAGAUCAGCUGGCAAGCAUCAAGCGCGAGGAUGACGUUGACGAUUGGGAGAUUAUUUACGAUGACGAGAGCAGUAACGAUUACUUCAAAAAGAUACCACAAGUGAGAGCAGCAAGAGCCUUUGAGGAGUCUACUGCAAACAAAGUAGAAUCAGCGGUAGAACAACAGAGUUCAGUAUGCUUUACUGGAAGUCCAAUGAAAACCAUCAAAACCAUUCGAAAAGCUAAUGUUCCGAACGAAGAGAAGCCUACGAUCGAAAACAUUAUCACCAAACCCGGACCGGACGGGUUAAUGGAGACAGUCAUUCGGGUGAAGCGAAACUUGAAAACCGUUAAACAGCGGCACGUUUGUAAGCUGUGCAACCGUUCGUACAAAUACAAACAUGCGCUGGAAACUCAUCUUCGGCGGCAUCGUGGUGAUAAACCGUACAAAUGUACCGACUGUGAGAAGGCUUUUGUGGUGCCGUUCGAACUGCGGCGACACAUGCGGACGCAUACGGGUGCCAAACCGUACAAGUGCAAGUACUGUGAGCGACAGUUUUCGGAUUUUGGUAGUAAAAUCAAACACGAACGAACGCACACAGGAGAGAGGCCCUACGUUUGUGAGAUUUGCGAGAAAAGUUUCACCUAUUCUCAUGUACUCAACAGUCACAUGUUGAUUCACACUGGAGUCAAGAAAUAUUCAUGCCCAGACUGCGGCAAGCGUUUCGCGAAAUCACACCACUUGAAGGCACACAUGAACACUCACGUUCGAUCAACUAGCAAUAACAAUAACAACAACAACAGCAUCAACAAAAGCAACUUCAGGAAGGAAAACAGCAUCGACAGCAUCGGCAUCGGUAAUCCUAUUUCGACCAUCAUUUCCGACGCGGACGGUGAUGCCGAUGAUGACGAUGACGACGACAACGGCGACGCCGCGAGGGCACUGGCCCAAUUUGAUCGCCACCACCAAUCCAGUAGUCUGAUGGCGAGCGGUAUCGAUGACCGGAGUACCGAUUUCCAGCUGGACGAGGGCAACCCGUUCGGGCAGCUUGUAAAUAUUAGCGAUUACAUGAUCUCGACCAAGAGUGGUGAUACGGCCUCGAUUGGUGCCAUAAUGGCGGCUGACUGUGGCUCGGCGGACGAGGACGGCGUCGGUGAUGACGAGGACGCUUUGCUGAAUGUAGUAACCGUGCUGGCGUCGUCCAAUCAAGUUUCCGGGCUGGUCGAUGGAGAUUAUGGAAAUAUUCGAAUUAUUAACGGGUCGAUUUCGAAUGGAAGCAAAAUGCAUGCCGCAGCUACGAGAAUCCUGCCUAACUCUAGGUAUUUAAUGAGAGCCUGUUGAGGUAGGUAAGCUGAAUUAUAAUAGUUUGUAAAAUAUAAUUGAACAGAAUUAACUUUAAUUGCUGGUAGAAUCUAGAAUUCACUACCGACUGACUGAAUUGUAAUUAAUAUGAACUAGUAUAAUGUUAUGACUUUCCUGUAAAAAC